AUGGCGCCUGAACUAACAGUGCCUAAGCACUUGAACUUCAUCACGGGGAACAAGAAUAAGCUUGCAGAAGUGCAAGCGAUUCUUGAAGGCGUGAUUGAAUUACGAAGUCAAAAUGUAGAUCUUGUUGAGAUUCAGGGAACGAUCGAGGAGGUUACGAGGGAUAAGUGUCGAAGGGCGGCUGAAGCUAUCCAAGGACCUGUCCUAGUAGAAGACACAUGUCUCUGUUUCAAAGCGAUGAACGACCUACCAGGGCCAUAUAUCAAAUGGUUCAUGCUCGCCCUCGGCCCGCUAAACCUUGACAGAAUGCUCUCCGGCUUCCCCGACAAAUCCGCCACGGCCGUCUGUACAUUCGCCUAUUGUGAAGGUCCUGGCCACGAGCCCGUUCUAUUCCAAGGCAAGACGGACGGGAAAUUAGUCGCAAGUCGCGGUCCUACUGUGUUUGGCUGGGACUCGUGUUUCGAAUACGAGGGACAGACGUAUGCUGAGAUGGACAAGAGCGAGAAAAAUAAAAUUUCGCACCGUGGGAAGGCAUUGCAAGGGUUGAAGGAGUGGUUAGCGAGGAGGGUUGAGGAAUAG